AUGCGGAUUGAUGACAAGCAGCAAGUGGUUGAAUGGCUAGAUUCGACUGUUGCAGUUGUGUCGAAAUCUGAUCCCGAACUUUUGAAAGAGUUUGUGUUGGAAUUGCUCGAAGAAGUGCCUGGUGACAAGGAAAGAGAUGAGUUUAUAGAAACGGUUUGUUCUUUGUUGGAUCAGAUCGUCAGAGAUAAGGAAGUGUUUGCUCAAGAGCUGUACGAUGUGGUUGUAGCAGGACAGAAACAUAGAGAGGAUUCGGAGAAUUGGGUUACUAUCUAUGAUAUACCACAGGAUCUUUGCAAAAGGAAGUUGGUUCUUAAAGAAUUCGAACAGUUUGGAGUUGUGUGUGGGUUCAAGCUCACUGGUAGCUUGAGUCAGCCUAGGAGGAAUGCAUUGAUCAAGUUUGAGGAUAGCGAUGCGGUCAAUGCUUGCCUGCAGUCUACGAUUCCUUUCUUCAACGAUAGAUUUGUUCAAGUGGAUACCGUGGUUGCAGUGGAACCAGCAAAGUUACCGAAAUCCACUCCGUUCAGCCAAAUGACUACUCAACUUAACGUAAAGUCUAAGCAACUUGCUCAGUAUCGUGAAAGGCUUCGAGAGAUAGAAAAUAGGAUCGAGGCGACAAAUCCGAAUGAUUCUUGUAAUGUGAGACAUUGUCAAAACUUGUAUCGUGAGUUUCUGGAAGAAUUGGAUAGGAAACAAUUAUCUCCGGAACUGCUAUACCGUUUGCAAGACAAAUUGCAGGCGAUAAAAUACGAUCCAAAGACUUAUGUUAAACCCAGACGGCCUAGUGGCGAAAGGGUGAGAGUAAGAGAUUAA